CAGCAGCGAUAGCAAUCAUUGUGAACUACCUACAGUUUCCCUGCCUAAUUUAGCAUAUGAAGCGGACGCUGUUAGAAAAAUUAAAUUAGGCUUAUUUAUUUUACUCCAUGACGACGGUAGUACUGAAUAUUUAGCGUCUGGGCUCAUGCGACCUCCCGGCGUGCAGCGUCACGGGCGAUGUGUUUAUUCGACACGGAUGGCGUGUUGAUCACGAAGCCGCCUGAUAUCUGUGUUCUGCGAGACGUGGCAGAUCUUAUCAUUUAAAGUUAUAUUUUAAGACCAGGCAAAUGUAACCGUUUUUCGUCUAACAUUACGGAUAGCGUUCUGGAAGCAGGAUGUCCUUCUACGCCGUGAUUAUCCCGGUCCUCUAUGUUGUUUUCUCGGUUUGGCAGGUGAGUGCAAAUGAGGACUGCUUAUGGUAUGUGGACAAAAAUGGCACUUGGCACAAUGGUUUUGACUGCCCACUCAUAACCUUCUGCUGUGGGAACUGUCAUCGCCGUUACUGCUGCCUGGAUGGCUUUAAAAUGAUCACCGAGGCAGGACAGAAACGCUGCAUGCUGUUCCAUCUAAGCCCCUCCACUAUAGCUGGCAUUGCUUCAUCCAUCUUCCUCUUCGUAGCUGCUAUAGCAACCAUGGUCUGUUGCUUCAUGUGUUCCUGUUGUUACCUGUACCAGCGCCGCCAGCAACGCGGCAGAACCCCUUAUGAAGCCCAACACAUUCCAAUGGCCAGCUAUCCGGUAGAGCCCAUGUAUGAUGCUUAUGGGAAGCCUAUAGGAUACCCUGAGUACCCUGGAUAUCCAUUGGUGCCGCAGUAUCCUGGUGUCCCUCACCAAUAUCCUAUGAUACCCCAGGGUCCUUAUCCUCAUAAUCCACCUGACGCAGGAUACAGUCAAGCAGCUCCUCCGCCAUACUCCCCUCCCCAGUAUCCAGGGCACUGAGAGAGAGCUGGAGUCCAUCAAAGGGAGAGGGUAACGCAUACAAUGGUCAGAGAAGUGGGCCCAUGCUGGUUCAGAAUCCCUUGUCUGUGAAGCACUUUUGAAAUGUGUUUAUAUUAUUUAUUUCUCGAUUAAUUUGUGGAGUGCAGCAUGAACUGACCUUGGAUCACCUUGUGUUGGAGCGUUUCCUUGUUUGAUGUACAGCUUUCACGUGUCACUAAUCAGUAACACUCCUCCCGCAUAACCAACUCACAGACUCAAAAGACAUUAAAAGAAACCGACUGGGGUUGCAUUGUUCUGUCAAACUCUCUGAAAUGGACAGUAAAAUUUGACUUUCCUGCUGACAAAGACUGAAGAGACUGGUUGACAGUUUUGAUUCACCAGGAUGUUUUUUGUUGUUCAACCAAAUAUGAAGAGGCCUUCUGCAAUAGACAUGUUUAUGUGUACAGUAUUUAUUUGACUUCUAAUCCAGGCAUGUCAUGUGCAUCAUUAAUAUCAAAUCUUGCUGUACACUGUUAACAUGCAGUAUGUAAAUAAGAGAUACUAAUAUAAAGAUAUUAAGGAAGAACUUAAUUUUUAAGUUGUUGUUGCAAGUUUUUAUUCUUUCUGUGCCAUUUGCUAUUUGAUUUGCAUUCUUGGAAAAAAUAUGCAGACUUCUUGUGUGAUCAUGUUUGUCAGUUGAGGUUUAUUUUGUUUAUUGAUCUGGCUUGAGGUUUGAGAUAUAAUGUUUACACCACGUAGAUUUGCAUGUCUUUAUUUGUAUGGUAUGCUACCUAGACCAGCUGUUAAGAACAUCUCAGUAACAUUUUCAUUCUGUGAGCUGUAUGUACAUUUUUAUAUGUUUAAAUCUUUUUGACCUAUACAUUUUUUUUUAACAUUAAUUUAUUUUUGUCACAUCCUCAUAGUGAAAAAAGUUCAUCGAAAUUUUGAACGGGCUCAAAAUAAAUUAUCAAAAUUAUUUUUCAGAUGCAUUUGAGGUGUGAUACUUGUUUUGAUUUUAAUUUAUUUCUGCUACCUCCUCAUCUCACAUGUCUAAUAUUAGUUGUGAUGGCUUGUCCACUGUUUAAGUAACUUUAAGUUAAUGUAUGGUUAACAGUGUUGUUUUGCGAUAUACAGCAGAUGCUUAUUUGUCAAUUAGGAAUGUGAAGUACAAACAAUGUGGAAUAAUAACAACAACAGGCACUGUAGUAAACUUGGAGUAAAUACAAAGAAUACUAGUGUUUGCACUUGCACUAAUCAUCCUAAUUGAAAAGAAUGGAAAUGAAAAUAUUGCAUAAUUCUCUUUUUACAAUAAAAACAAACUUG